UUGCGAAUGCCAGUUUUGUCGCCUAGCUGCGGCGCUACGGGCUAUUGUAGACCGCGGACGGCCUCCAGCGCUGCGCUUUUUACCAGGCGGGGCCGACGGAGCGCGACGCGGCGAUCUGCGGCGGGGGUUUCGAGCACCGUUGCUCUAAAGAGGAGACGCGGCGCAGCGCCUAAACCGCGCGGCGCCAGCGACUAAACCGCGCGGCGCAGCGACUAAACCGCGCCGCGCGCACCAAAAAGAACACAACUAACAUGGCGGACCGCACCACCGCCCUAGAAGCGUGGCUCGGCACCGUGGUAGAGAAGGGCGCGCCGCACAAGCUCCGAGACGGCGGCCCGGCGGCCGUCUCGAUCGUGGGCAAGGCCGCGCGGGCCAUCGUCGAGGAGGACGGCGGCCACGCGUCGCCCAAGGCUUGCGCCCCGGGCGGCGAGUGGGGCCAGGCGAAACAACUCGCUCGCAAGUUCUCCGAGGCGGCGUACGAGCGCUGGCCGAUCACGACGAACCCGACGGGCGCGGAAGCGACGGCCGCCGUGGAGAUCCUGCUCUACUGCGCGGCGUGCUGCGACAAGUCGAGCAAGCGCGGCGCCUACAUCCAGCGCAUCCUGCGCCUGCCGCAGGCGCAGCAGCAGCAGCUCAUGGGCGCGAUGAAGGCGCAGAUGGCCGCGGAGCGCGAGGCCCAGUCCGGCCAGCGCAAGCCGCUCGACGCGGCGAACCGGAAGGCCUCGCCAGGAGCGAAGCGCCUGAGCUUCGCGCAGGCGUCCCGGUCGCCGCGCGCGCCCGAGAGCGCCGGUGCGUGCGCGGCGUCCAUGGACCUUCUUUAUUGGACGGACGUGGACAUCGAUGGCGUGGAGGUGGGUCGAGCCGUCGAGCAGGCGUCGUGUCGAGGGCGUAGGCGUCGAACUCACUCACGGGUCAUCCACACAGGCCGAGCGGCGGCCGCAGCAAGGGCCCUCGCCGAGGAGCGCGAGGCCUGCGCCCGCGCCAAGGCCGAGGCGCGCGCCGCCCGCGAGGCGCAGGCCGAGCUCGAGGCGCGCCUCACGACGCUCGAGGCCGAGCGCGACGCCGAGCGCGAGCGCGCGCUGCAGGCCGAGGUCCGCGCGCUCGACCAGAGCAAGCGGCGCGACGCCGAGGAGGGCCAGACGACGCAGCAGGCCAAGAGCGAGAUCCAGGCCGCCGAGAAGCGCGCGCGCGGCGCCGAAGCUAGAGCGGACGCCGCGGAAGCGCGCGCGAAGGCGCAGGCCGACGAGCUCGACGUGUUGCGGCCGCGCGCCGAGGCCGGCGCGGCCGCCGAGCGGCGAUUAAGAGACGCGCGCGAGAAGCUGCGGGCCACGGAGGACGCGUCCCUGGAGCUGAAGCGCGCCGAGGCCCAGGCGACGGCGGCCGAGCAGAAGCUGCGGCGCGCCGAGGCCGAGCGCGACGCGCUCGAGGCCCGGGCCGCCGAGCUCGACGCGUGCAAGCAGAAGCUGGCCGACGCGACCGUGGCGCUGCGGGACGCGGCCCAGGAGCGCGACGCGGCGACGGCGACGGCGGCGCAGGCGUCGCAGGAGGCCGAAAAGCUCCGCGCCGACGCCGCCGAGCUCGGCGCCCGCGCGCGCGCGGCCGAGGGCGCCUCCGUCAACGACGACGGGACGUCCCUAGCCGACGCCUCCGUGGCGCGCGGCGACGUCGAGCGGCUCCGCGACGCGCUGGCCAAGGCCGAGGACCAAUUAUCAAAGCUCGACCCGGCCCAGGUCUCAACCCUGGAAGCGGAGCGCGACGACGCCCAGCGCAUGUGCGCGAGCUACGAGCGCUCGCUCCAGAAGGCGAAGACGGACAUCGCCAAGUGCAAGGCCGAUGUAGCCGCCGCCGCGCGCCGCGCCGACGACGCGCAGGCCCGCGAGGCGGCCCUCGAGCGCUCUUUACACAGUACGACGGACGACGCGCGCGCGGCCGCGGCCCUGCGCGCCGACGCCGACGCGGCCCUCGCCGCCGCCGAGCGCGCGCGGAGCCGCCUCGAGGCGCAGGCCGCUUUGGAUAGGGACGCGGCCGCCGCCGCGGCGCGCGACGCGCUCGACGCGCUGCGCGACGGCGAGGCGCGCAAGUUGCGGGACCUCGCCGAGGCUGCCGGCGGCGCCGCGCGCCAGGCGCGCCAGGAGGCCCAGGGCCGCGCCGCCGACGCCGACGCGGCCCGCGCCGAGGCCCGGGCCGCGGCGCAGCGCGAGGCGGCCGCGGAAGACCGCGCGUCGGAGGCCGCGGUGAAGGCCUCCGAGGCCGCGCGCGAGGCCCAGGCCGCGAAGCGGGCCCUGGCGGCGGCGCAGGAGGACGCGCGGCGCGCCGAAGCUUUGAGGAAUGAGAGCGCGUCGUCGACGGACGAGCGCCUGGCCACGCUCCAAAAGGAGCUCGGUGCGCUGCGCGAGGAGAAGGCCCGGGCCGUCGCGGACCUCGAGGCGAAGUUUCGCGACGAGCGGCGCGAGCUCCGCGAGGCGCACGCCUCGAACCUGGCCGAGAAGCUCGACGCGAAGACGAGCGAGCACGAUGAAGCUCUAUCAAAAGCACUGGAGCGCGCGCGCGCCGCGGAGCGCGCCACGUCGGAGCUGGAGCGCCAAGCUUCGGAGGUCGAGGAGCUGCGGAAGCGCCGCGACUCGGACGCGCGGAGAUUGCAGGGCGAGCUCGAGAGCGUGGACCAGAAGCACUCGGACCUGGUCAAGGCCCUCGCCGAAGCGCGGGCGGAAACGGCCUCGCUGAAGGCGACGGCGGCGCGCGACGCCGCGGCCGCGUCCGAAAAGAGCGACGCGUUGUUGCGCGAGGCCGAGAAGAGGAGUGAAGAUCGCCUCGCCAAGUUCAAGGCCGCCGCCGCCGAGGCCCUCAAGAAGGCCCAGGCUUCUUCUCAGGCGUCGCAGAAGAACCUGGUCGAGACGUGCGAGGCCGAGCGCGCCGAGGCCGUCGCUGCUGUCAAAGACGAAGCCUCCAAGCACGCCGCCUCCCUGAAAGCCAAGUUCGCCAAGGAGCGCGACGAUUUGUCCCAACGGCUCCAGGAGGCCGUCGAGGCCGUCGAGGCGCAGGCUUUGGUGCAUGCGGAGCGCGAGCGCGCCGCGGCGCCGCUGGCCAAACGGCUCUGCGCCGACGCGGCCUUGGCGGCGCAGACGGCGGAGCGAGCUCGAAACGCCAUCGAUGAACAACGGACCCUCAAUAAAUUUGAGACGGAGAAGCAAAGAUUAGUCGCGGAGACGACCGCCAAAGUGGAACGCGAGGCCGCGGAGCGCAUCUCGUCCCAGGAAGCGCGCUUCAAGGCCCUCGCCGCCGACGGCGACACGUCGCGAGAUAAGGCUUUAAGGGAGCUCGAGGCCGCCCGAGCCGACUCGGAAACCGUGAGACGCGAGCUCGCGGCGGCGCAGGAAGAGCUCGCGUCCGAACGGAAGCGCGGCGAGGAGGCCGCCGAGCAGCACCGCACUCUUUUCAAAGAGGCGACGAGCGACGCCGCCAAACGGUCCUUGGAGGACGUCGAUGCGUUGCGGACGCGCCACGCGCAAGCGCUCGACGAGCAGGCGAAAGACGCGCAAGAUCAAUUAGCCAAGGCCGUAGCCCAGGCCAUCGCCGCCGAGAAGAGCCGGGGCGAAGCUGCUCAAGCGAAGGCCGCGUUGGACGCGGGCCGCAAGUUCGACGAGGACCUGCGGUGUGCGCUGAAGGACCGCGACGCCGCCCACGAGGAGGCGCUGAAUGCGUUGCGGACGCGGCGCGACGCCGACGCUUCGGAUGCGCGCCAGAAAGCUUCCGAGCGACUCGAGAAGUUCAAAGGGGCCGCGAAAAAAGCCGUGGAAGAUGAGCAGGCCCGCAGCAACGCGGCCCUCGAGGCCUGUAAGGACGAGGCCGCCCAGACUUUGGAACGGGUGCAGCGUGAAUUGAAUGAAGCGCAAGAGCGUGCCGUCCAGCGCGCUUUAUCUGAAAAGGAGCAAGACACCCUCCAGAAAACCAAGAAGCUCGAGGCCGACCAGGUGAGGGAGGUCGAGCGCGCGGCCCGAAAAGCCCAGGAGCAGGGCGACCUCGCAAGGGACGCGGCCGUCGCGCGCUGCGUGUCGGAUCGGGCCCGGUCGGAGAAUGCGUUACGAGCGCGGCUGGACGCGAUCGAGGCCGACGCCGCGACGUCGUCGACGAACGCGGGCGCGCAGAUCGCGUCGGUCCGAGCCGAGGCCGAAGCUAAAUUGGAGAGCGCUGUCGCGGCCGUCGAGCAGCAGGCCGCCGAGCGCGAGCGCCAGCUGGCGAAGGACGCGUCCAGGAGGGAGGCCGAAGUCAGGGCGGAGCUCGAGGCGCGCCACGCCGAGCUGCGGGAGCGCGAAAGUACGGCGGCGGCGCAGGCGGCGAAGCGCGACCAUGAUGCGGCGCUGCAACGGGCGUUGGACGCCGCGCGCGCCGAGGCGGAUUCUAGGAGAGCCGAGGCCGUCGCGCAGGGCGAAAGAGCUGUGGAAAGUGAACGGGAGCGCUCGGCGGUGUUACAACGGGAGUUGGUGGCGCAGCAUGACCUUGCAUUAAGGGACGCCGAGGCGGCGCGCGCGCGGGAUUUAGAUGAUGCUAGAAGAGAACGCGAGGCGGCGAUCCGCGACGCGGAGAAGCGCUGGGCCUCGGCGGCGGCGCGGGAGCGGGACGCCGCCGUCGAGGCCGCGCGGCGGGCCACCACCGAAGCGUUGAACCGGGCCCAGAGGGAAGCAAUAGCGACGCGCGACGACGCGCUCGCCGCGGCGGACGCUUGUGCGAGGGCUCGCUCCGCCGAGGUGUCUGCUGAGUUGCGCGAGCGCCUGGCUUUAGGUCACGACGAGGCGGCCGCCGACCGGUUGGGUCUCGAGGUUGCCCUCGAGGAAGCCAGAGACGAGCUCCGAGCCGCGCGCGACGCGCACGACGCGGAGCUCCGAGCCGCAAGGGACGCUCAUAGGAAGCGCGUCGAGGACGCGCGCGCGGCGGCAGCUAGGGACGUGGCCCAGGCCGCCGAGCGCCAGCUCGCCGAUCUAGAGGCGACGUUACGAGCGGAGGCCGAGCGCAACGCGAGCGAGGCCGAGCGCGAGCGCAAGCGCGAGGUCGAGGCGCGGAUCGCCGAGACGGAGGCCAGGAGCGACUGGGACGCGCGCGCGCGGGCGGCGGCGCUCGCGGCGGCCUUCGACGACCGGGCCUUUGCUUUGAGUGAGGCGCACGCGGGCGCGAUCAAGGCCCAGGCGGCUAGAUUGGAGCUGCAGCGGACGCGGGACGUCGGUGAGCAGAAGCGAUUGGCCGAGGCGGCGCGCGAGGAUUUGAAAUUGGCGGAGCAGCGGUGCGAGCGCCUCGAGGCGUCGAACGGGCGGCGCGACGAGGCCCAAGCUCGUGCUUUGGAGGGGCUGGAGGCGUCGCUCAAGGCGUCCAGGGACGCGGAGCGCGCUAGGGAUGCCGCCGAGGCCGAGCAGGCGAAGGAGACUGCUGUUGCCCAAGCCGUCGCCGAGCGCGACGAGAGGGCGCAGGCCGAGGCUCAAAGUUUGAGGGGCGAGGUCGCGCGGCUGCGGGAUGAAGUUCUCGCGGCCGAGGAGGCGCGCGGCGUGUCCAUGGACGAGAAGACGGCCGAGGCGCGCGCGGCGCUGGCGCGGGCCGAGGCGCGCGCGGCCGACGAACGGGCGGAGCUCGCCAAGGGCCUGAAGGACGACCACGAGCGCGCCCUCGCCGCGUGUAAAGCCGAGCGCGACGCCGCGGUCCACCAGGCCGCGCAGGAGGCGGCGCUGGAAAGAGACGCGUCGCUGCGCAAGGCCGAGGCGCGGCUCAAAAGCGACAAGGAGGCGGCUCUCCAGGCCCUGGCCGAGGCCCACGCCCAGGAGCUGCGCGAGGCGCGGCGCGCGCACGAGGCGGCUUCACUGGAGACCCAGCAGCAGAAGGUCGCCGAGGUCGAGGACCGGUUGAGGGAGGACGAGCGCCGCCGCGCCGCGGAGGCGUCCGAAAGGUUCGCCGCGGAACUCAAACUGGCCUUGGACGAUUUGGAAUUAAGAAAGGACCGCGACGCGCGCGCGGCCUUGGAUAAGGCGGCCUCAGAAGCCGAGGCGACGCGCAAGGCCGAGCGCGAUGCCGCGAGUGCUGAAAGCCAGCGCCUCCUCGAGGCAUGUAAGAAGGACGCGGAGCAGGCGGCCGAGGCGCGCGUCUCACAAGUCGAAUCAGAUAGGGACGCCCGCGUCGAGGAGGCGCUGAGUCUCGCGAAGAAGGAGUCGUGCGACGCCGUCGAGAAGGCGAAGCGGGACGAAUUGCGGCGCUACGAGGCGGAGCUCCAGCGCGCGGAAGCGCGGCGCGCCGCCGACGCCGAGCGCGAGAAGCGCCAACUCCAAAUCGACUGCGACGCGCGCGUCGACGAGGAGCGCGCGCGGUUCCGGAGCGCGGAGGCGCGGUGGCGCGCGGAGCUCGAGCAGCGGGCGGCGGCCGAGGCGGAAGCUCGCGCGGCGGCCGUCGAGGCCGACCGGGCCCAGCGGUUAUUGGAGGAGAAGGAGGCUUUGGAGGGUACAUUAGGACACGCGCGACGGGCCGACGCCGAGGCCGCGGAGCGGGCGAUGAACGCGGCGCUAUCUGAAGCGGCGGAGCGCGAGAAACGGGCCGUGCAGGACGCCGUCGCGCGCACGACGCAAGAGGCGCGCGAGACGCGCGCGGCGCUCGAGAACGAAUUAGCCAAGGAGCACGACGCUAGACGAGCGGACAAGUCGCAGUUCGAGUCGCGCGUGGCCUACGGGAAGGAGAUCCUCGGCCAGAAGGACGCGAAGUUGACGCAGCUCGCCGCGCGCCUCAACAAGGCCGAGCGCGAGGCGACGUUCCUGCGCCAGUCGCGCGCGUCGCCGGCGUCGGCCGGCGGGUCGGGGCGGGACGCGAAGCUCGAGGCCUCGCAUCGUAAUCUGGAGCGGGAGUACGACCUGCUGCGGCGGAAGCUCAACGCGGCGCUCGACCGGGCCUCGAAGCAGCUCGACGCCGAUGUAUCUGAUGAUGGGGACCAGCUGCGGUUGUACGCCGGCCGCGUACGGCAACUGGAGGCGCAGCUCCAGGAGAAGACCAUGGCCGCGGCGGUUGCCGCGAGGGAAGCGCACGACGCGCGCUGCGCCGCCGCCGAGGCCGGCGCCGACCUGCAGGACGCCAAGUUCGAGGCGACGCGGCUCAAGGGCGACGUCGCGCGCGCGGAAUUGGGGCGGACGCCCUUCCGGGCGUCGGCGCGCAAGUCGCCGCGGGCGUCACCUAGAGGGACGGCUGGAUUUCCGUUGCAUGACGACGAGGCCGCCGAGCUCACCGUUACCUUAGAUACGUACGUGCCGCCGGAAAAACCAAAACCGUCGGUGUCGGACCGGCUGGCGGCGCUGCGCGCCGAGCGCGCGGCGGAGAAGCCGCGCGGCCUGCGCGCGGCAAACUCGCCGCCGGCGCCCGUCGCGCGGAAGGUGCGCUUCGACGGCGCGGCGGCCACGGCGAAGGAGAACGCGUUCACGCCGGCGCGGUAGUAGUGCGCGGCGUCUCCCCCCUCUCACGAUUAAGAUACCCUAUUCCCUGA